UAGUUUCUUUACACAAAAGUAUAUACUAAUGUAUACACACACUCUAAUACAGUAAUAUAUUCUACAUACAUACAUAUUCGUAGUUCGAAGCUCCUCUGCAACAUUCUACAAGUCGUCUCCGCUGACUCUUUUUUUUCUCUCUCUCUGUAAAUGGGUGCACAAAGAUCUCAUAUGAGUAACCUCAACCUUGUAUAUAUCUUUCUGGAGUUGAUCCUGAUCUUUGAAGCUGGAACUUCAUAUGGCUUCACUAAUCCCGUUGAUGUUGCUGCUAUUAAUAGUUUAUAUAUUGCGGUGGGUUCCCCUAUUCUUCCUCGCUGGACUUCUGUUGGCGGAGACCCGUGUGGUGAUGCUUGGCAAGGUGUUGAAUGUGAUGGAUCAAACAUAAGCUCAAUAAAAUAUAAUGUUGCUAAUAUGAACGGAGACCUGGGCGACAACUUGGGAUCAUUUGCUUCCAUCAAAAUAAUCGAUUUGAGCAACAACCAGAUUGGUGGGACUAUCCCAACAAAUCUUCCCGUCUCCCUGCAACAACUUUAUCUAGCAGAUAACAAGUUCACCGGGAGCAUCCCUGAUUCUUUGUCAUCCAUGAAUCAGUUGUCAGCCAUGUCUCUAAAUGGCAACCAGUUGACAGGAGACAUACCAGAUUCCUUUCAGGGCCUAACUGUUUUGGUGAACCUAGAUUUGUCCAGUAACAAAUUGACUGGACAAUUACCACCUUCCUUGGAAGGUCUCUCAUCUUUGACUACCUUCCGUCUGCAAAACAAUCAGCUUUCUGGGACACUUGAUGUUCUCCAAGAUCUUCCCCUCAGAGAUUUGAAUGUAGAGAACAACAGUUUUUCAGGACCUAUACCUGAGAAGUUGUUAAGCAUUGCCAUUUUCAAAUCUGAUGGAAAUCCGUUCAACACUAGUGUUGCUCCGAGUGCCCCGCCAACAUCGCCAACAGGCUCGCCCACAUUGCCAACAGCACGUCCACCUGCUCCACCAUUCUUUAGAGUUCCGGCCUCUGGGCAAACACCGGAGAAGGCACCUGGAAAUGAAACACCAAGUAGACCAGCCGAUGGACCAUCUGCAACUACGGAUGCAAAUUCAAAAAAGACUAAUCAAAGUUCAAAUACCAAGAAAAUAGUCUGGAUAUCAAUUGGUUCUGUUUUUUCGGUUGUUAUUUUAUUGUUAUUACUAGUGCUUCUUAUCCCAAGGUGUUGCAAAGAGAGAGGUGACAGGGUUCCCAGGCGGUAUGAGAUAGCUCCAUAUAUUGGCAACAGAGAGAAUCUUAGAGAAUAUGGAUCCUUGGAACAACCAUUUCAUCAGACAGAAAAAGGACCCAAGGUGGAUUUAGUUAAACCCCAGGACAAUUAUCUAAAAGGACCGAUAGUGUCAAGUUUAGCUCCAAUGCCGAGAGAGGAGCUAAAUGUUGAUAAAAUGAGUGCAGUACCAAAGGUUGAGGACCAUGAGAUUGAUAUGACCAGAUUUGAUUUUGACUCAAUGUUGCCACCACCACCACCACCACCUCCCCCUCCAUCUCCACCGCCACAGCUAGCCCCUCCAGCACCUCCACCAAUGCCAUUAAAAAGUGUCACUGUGAAUCCAAUUUUGCCAGCUCAGACUAUUCCUGUAAAUUCUUCGUCUGGACCUCUGCCUCCAACAACUGUACGGUCAUACUCUAUAGCAUCCCUUCAGCAAUAUACAAAUAGCUUUUCUCAAGAAAAUCUCAUCGGAGGAGGAAUGCUGGGAAAUGUUUACACAGCACAGCUUCCUAAUGGAAAGCUAGUUGCUGUCAAGAAGCUGGAUAGAAGGGUUUCUAGUCAGCUAAAAGAUGAUAAGUUUCUUGACCUGGUAAACAGUAUUGAUAAAAUUCGUCACGCCAAUGUUGUUGAAAUUUUGGGUUAUUGUGCGGAACAUGGCCAAAGACUUCUGGUUUAUGAGUACUGCAGUAAUGGGACACUUCAAGAUGCACUACUUGCCGAUGAUGAGUCAAAACCUUCAUGGAAUCUUCGAAUUAGGAUGGCACUCGGAGCUGCGAGAGCUUUGCAGUAUUUGCAUGAGUUCUGUGAGCCACCUGUUGUUCACAGAAACUUUAAGUCUUCUAAUGUUCUCCUUGACGAUGAGCUUACAGUGCAUGUAUCAGAUUGUGGUUUGGCACCUCUAAUAUCAUCAGGCUCAGUCAGUCAGCUGUCAGGAAACCUACUUAGCACCUACGGUUAUGGUGCUCCUGAAUUUGAGUCUGGGAUAUAUACUUCUAUGAGUGAUGUAUACAGUUUUGGAGUCGUGAUGUUGGAACUCUUAACGGGAAGAAAGUCACAUGACAGCACACGGAGCCGUACAGAGCAGUUUCUUGCAAGAUGGGCAAUUCCUCAGCUUCAUGAUAUUGAUGCAUUGUCAAGGAUGGUUGAUCCUUCAUUACAAGGAAAAUACCCUGUUAAAUCAUUAUCCCGUUUUGCUGACAUUAUAUUUCGCUGUGUUCAGCCAGAGCCAGAAUUCAGACCACUGAUGUCUGAAGUUGUCCAGGAUCUCCUACAACUUAUAAGAAGAGAUUUCGAUUAAGCCUUAGAAUUCAAGUACAUUGGUGGUAAAGAUACACACUUAUAAUUCAUGAAUUGCAACUUUGAGAGGGCACAUCAGCGAAAAUUGGCCUUGCUAGAUCCGUAAACAAACAUCAAAUUCAUUCAUUAAAGGAGCCUACCACGCAUGCAAGGCUAUGGCAUUCAGCUUCAGAAACUUUCUGGCAAUCAAGUCUACAUGUUCUUGUGGUAAUUGUUUACUAUAAUCAAUUUCAUGUAAGAUAUCCACUAACCCAUUUCUUUGUAAAUUUUUAUUUAUAAUCAAAUCUUGAUAGUGAAAGAGAAUAUUCAGAGUA